GUAUACUUCACAGUUUAUAGGCACCUAAAAGAACUGUUACAUUCAUAUGAGGGUAGGAAGGAUCAGCUUUCAAUUGCAUCAAACAUGAUAGCUGCUGCAGGAGCUGGUGCUGCAACAUCUAUCACAACAAAUCCAUUGUGGGUGGUUAAGACACGUCUACAAACACAAGGGAUGAGACAAGGUGUGGUUCCUUACAAGAAUAUAUUUUCUGCCUUGAGACGAAUAGCACAUGAAGAAGGAUUUCGAGGAUGGUACAGUGGCCUUCUGCCUUCGUUGGCUGGGAUCAGUCAUGUGGCCAUCCAAUUCCCGGCAUAUGAAAGAAUAAAAUUCUACUUAGCUAAACGAGAGAAUAAAAGCUGUGAUCAGCUCAACUCCUGGGAAGUUGCAAUUGCCUCGUCACUUUCGAAAGUAGUUGCUUCCGUGUUGACAUAUCCUCAUGAGGUAUACACUUGA